UGCAGAGAUCCUGGAGCCGCUGCUCACCGUAAACAAGGAAGCGCGAGAAAGUCUCCGGAGUUUGGGCUUAGAGCAGGUCGCUGCCGGUCUGUUUCUGGAGCAGUAGACACAUUUCAGUUUUACUUUAACAGCUUGUUUAACUUCUCUGUUAAAAAACGGAAGACAGUCAUCGACAGAGAGUCUAAAGGAAACCGGGUUUUAUUUCCUCUUCAGAAGAUGGCCUCCAGUGAUGCUCGGCUCCAGCAGCAGCCCUCUCAGAAGGAUGCGGCUGACCAGAACUUCGACUACAUGUUCAAGCUGCUGAUAAUCGGCAACAGCAGCGUGGGAAAAACCUCCUUCUUGUUCCGCUACGCAGACGACUCCUUCACCUCCGCCUUCGUCAGCACCGUCGGCAUCGACUUCAAGGUCAAGACGGUCUUCCGCAACGACAAGAGGAUCAAGCUGCAGAUCUGGGACACAGCGGGUCAGGAGCGUUACCGUACGAUCACCACAGCGUACUACAGAGGAGCGAUGGGCUUCCUGCUCAUGUACGACAUCACAAACCAGGACUCCUUCAACGCUGUGCAGGACUGGGCGACGCAGAUCAAGACGUACUCGUGGGACAACGCUCAGGUGAUUCUGGUCGGAAACAAGUGCGACCUGGAGGACGACAGGAUCGUCCCAACAGAGGACAGCCAGAGGCUGGCAGAGGAACUAGGUUUCCAGUUUUUCGAGGCCAGCGCGAAGGACAACAUCAACGUGAAGCAGGUGUUCGAGCGCCUGGUGGACGUCAUCUGUGAGAAGAUGAACGAGAGCAUGGAGGGAGACAUCAACCUGGUGACCAACCACAGGAACCAGGCCCUUAAAGACUCGCCUUCAGAGAGCCACGGGGGCUGCGCUUGUUAGAGCAUCUUCCCCCUAUCAGCUCCUCUAACACACACACAAAAACACAC